AUGUCGCCUUCGGCAAUGGCCGGUCCCUUAACAGGCUAUUACAAAAUCCGAGAUCAAAUGCGCAGCCGAGAUAUGUCAGCUGAUCAACAGAUGUUCCUGAUGGGCGAAGAAGAUUUUAGACUAAAUGGGACACAGUCUGGAAGACAGGUUUGUCGGGAAUCGGGAAUGUGGACGAGGUGGGGGGGCCGUUGGCACUUUCUUAUCCUUCUUCUGUUUACAAACAGUCCCUCGGUCAAGGCUCCGUCCCGAGCGAUCUCCAAGACUGGCGUUGCACCCGAGCAGGUAAAGUUAGCAACAGAACUAUCUAGAGUAUGCAAUGCCAACAUUAUCAGAGAUGAGAGCGACUGGCGCAGCGGCGGGUUCCCCAAGUUCCCGAGCGAGAGCGCCUACUCGAGCGGGCACUGCGGCGCGAGGACGGUGUCCCACCAACCGCUGCGGGGGGGAACAGGAGGAGCUUCGGCCAAGAUCGUCGGCGGCACCAACGCCCCCUACGGCGCCUACCCCUGGCAGGUUGAAAUUCAGUCAUGGUCAGAAGGGAAAUACAAACACCAUUGCGGAGGCGCUGUGGUCGGCCCUCGCAUUAUUCUGACUGCAGCCCACUGUAUCACCAACUUAGACACACCAUCUGGAAUGCGUCUCGCUCUUGGCAAGCACAACCUGAGGAACAAAGAUCGCCAUGAAAGGUUCUAUAAGCCAGAGAGAGUGGUUAUUCACCCAGAGUUCAGGAAAGAUGGUCCACACAGUAAUGACAUUGCUUUGAUCAAAGUAAAAUCAACAAACGAUGCAGGAAUCGACUUCAACAAUUUUGUCCAGCCAAUCUGUCUUCCUGAUGAACAUCAACCGAGAGAGGGACAAUGGUGUACAGUAACAGGGUGGGGAGCUCAGCAACCUGGUGACUCGGACAGCCUGAGUACGACACUGAGGGCAGCUUCAGUACCCCUUUUGUCACUGUCAACAUGUCGAGGAUCAGAGGUCUACGGUGGAAGGCACCAAUCAAUAUUGGACAGCAUGCUUUGUGCAGGACUCCUAGAGGGCGGUGUUGAUGCAUGUGGUGGUGACUCGGGAGGACCGUUGGCUUGCCAAGAACACGGAAAAUUUGUCCUUGCCGGAGUUGUAUCAUGGGGUGACGGUUGUGCGAAGAAAAACAGACCUGGAGUUUACACACGUGUUGCCAGUUUUACGCACUGGAUCAGGUCGACAAUGACAAAACUCGGAGCAUAAUCGCUUGGAACUAAGUUACUUCAACAAGGACCUUCUGUAACAUAAUUUUUUUUUAAUACAGAACAAAGGUCUACGAAAAUAAUAAUCUUUGAAGAAGAUGAGAUACUUAACUAUAACAAAAAUAUUUUGUUUUUUUAAUGCUAUGUUGGUUAAAAACAAGAUACAAGAUACUGGAGUAACCAUGUGUUUACCUAAAAUAUUUUAAUUCAUUCAGAAAAAUAAUUUAUUUAUUUGAUAAUUUUGGUCACAAAAGUACUUUCUAAACAUGGGUCUUUCAAGAAAAAC